AUGCUGCCGUCCACGGAAGAUAGCACAUAUACGGCGGGAAAUAGGCGGCUAGGGUUGGUGGGCAGCGAUUCAAAGAUCUCGAUCGGCGGAGUGGGACAGGACACAGGAGGCCUCGAUCACGUUGCUUUCAAAACUGCAGAGGGACAAGGAUUGGAGCCCAAACCUAGGGCGGGACAUGGGAUAUGGGUACGCGGAGAAGGCCACUGCCAGGUGCAAUUGGAGCAAUUGGAGCAAUUGGGGGCCGAAGCGGUGGGACAGAGAGCAAUUGGGGGCCAAAGCAGCGGUGGGACGGAGAGAGCAAGGAUGCUGAGACGAAGGAUGCAGCUACAAAGACGAGAGGAAACCCCCGUGAAGGGAAUCAAGAGAAGACGAGAAGCAGCAGAAGCAGCAGAAGAAGCCGCAGAAGAGACACACCGCAGAAAAGAACGGGACCUGAAGAUGAUGGAGGUGUUUAUUCAGUUGGUUAACCUAACGAGCUCUUGGGCAAACUCUUGGGCAAACGGAAGUUGGAGCAGAACACGACGCUUCGAUGCCUUUGAAACAGCACAUCAGACGCCGAGCAGGUCUGUCUAUAUCUACCUCCUGUAUUACUACGACGCUGCACACAUUUCUGCUAUCGAUGCCUCAGAGGCCAUUGGGCUGUGGGUCCUCUCGAGCGUUGCUGGGAAUCAUUAUGCUGGAGAAAAUGGCAAAUGUGGGUUCAAAAUCAAGUCCAAGUCACCGCUACCGCCUCCGUGA